AUCAUGUUCUGUUAUCGUCUUAUCGAAUGUGGACAAUGUGGUUGUUUCUAAUAAAUGUUUCUGCAUUAAUAUACAAUGUACAUACAUUAUUUUUGUGUCGACACUUUUGACUGUAAAUGCUAAAAUCUUACCAAGCGUGACGUGGCCGGGCACUAUUGUGAAAUUUUGACCUCGAGAGAUCCAACUGUCUAGGGUAGAAUUUGGAUGAGAUGUUUAAUAGUUUAAAGCGCUAUCCAUGAUGUAUUUGUGAUACUGUUGGUGCGCUCCUGUGUCAGAUGUCCAUCUAUCUACUUGACUGUAAUUGUUCUGAUUCAAACCAGAAAUCCUUUUUGAUUUGAUCAUGUCAAAACUAUGGAGGACAUUCAUCAAAUGGCGUUUCAUCGCCGCUAUCACAUUCAACAAGUUUAAGGGAUUUCUGUCCAACACUGUUGUUAGAUACCUGAAGCCUCAAAAGAAAACGACUGUUAUUAUUGAGCAAGGUACUUUACAAGGACUUCACUACAAAACACAAGCUUCAAAUAAGCCUUAUGUCAGUUUUCUAGGCAUACCCUAUGCUAAACCACCUGUUGGAAACUUGAGAUUUAAGCCUCCUGUCAAACAUCCAGGAUGGUCUGGCAUACUGAAAGCAUUUUCAGUAGAAAAUAUGUGCAUGCAGUAUUCUUUCAUAAAGAACAAAAUUGCUGGAAGUGAAGAUUGUUUAUAUUUAAACAUAUUUGUGCCUCAAGAAGAACUAGAAGAAAAAAAGGCAGUUAUGGUGUUUAUACAUGGUGGUGCGUUUAACAACGGAUCUGCAUCAUCAGAUUUUUACUCUCCUGAUUAUUUGAUUAAUGAAAAUGUAAUCAUAGUCACAAUCAACUAUCGUUUGAACGCUCUAGGAUUCCUUAACUUUGAUAUUGAUGAAUGUCCUGGCAAUAUGGGUUUAAAAGAUCAACUGUUUGCAAUUAAAUGGGUAAAAGCUAAUAUCACUGCAUUUGGAGGUGAUGCUCAAAACAUAACAAUUUUUGGAGAGAGUGCAGGAUCAGCAUCUGUUCAUUGUCACAUGAUGUCUCCACAAUCCAAAGGAUUAUUUCAAAAAGCCAUCAUGCAAAGUGGAUGUAUGUUUAACUCAUGGGCAUUCACUGAAAAACAUAGAGAAGCAGCUUUUAAGUUAGCCAAAAAUUUAGGUUGUGAAAAAGUCGACCCUAAAGAAAUUGUUCAAUACUUGCUCAAUGUCCCAGCCAUCGACAUCGUCAAGUUGACUAAAAUUGAGGGCAAAACUGAUUUUCAAAAUUAUGAGUUUAUUCCGUCUGUUGAAAGUGAAGCGGUUAGUGACAAAUUUUUACCUGCUCAUCCUGAAAUUUUAGUCAAAACUGCAUCAACUGUACCUGUAAUAACUGGAAUCAACAACAUGGAAGGAUUGAUAGCUUUUGGAGAGCAUAGAAUGAGGAAAAUUCUAGGUGACACCGAAGAAAUUAAUGAAUUACUUCAAAGUACCUAUAGUAAAGAGAUUGUAAAUAAAGUUAAGAAUUUUUACUUCAAUGAAUGUAACCUGGAAUGUGGAACUACUAGAUUGGAAAAUAUAUGUCAUCUCUACAGUGAUUUAUAUUUUUCUAAAGAUUUUCAUCGGGGUUAUGAUCAUUUACUCAAAAAAAAUAUCUCAUCAGUUUACACUUAUGAAUUCAAGUUUGAUGGAGAAAUCAAUAUUUGCAAAAACAUUAUGUUUUCUUUAAGGCCAACUUUUCAAUCAUUAAAAGGUGCAUGUCAUGCUGACGAAUUGAGUUAUUUAUUUUAUGGACGGAUAUUUGGAUUUGCACCCAAAGCCAAUUCACCAGAAUUAAGAAUGUGUAGAACAUUGAGUAAACUGUGGACCAAUUUUGCCAAAACUGGAAAUCCGAAUUCACAAGAUUUAUGUUUCGAAUGGAAAAAUACAAGCGCAGAAGAACCAAAAUAUUUGUCAUUAGAUGGAGAUAAUACACGCAUGGUUCAUGGAUUAUUAAAUGGUUUCAGGGUGCGUUUUUGGGAAAACAUAUCAGAAACAGUUAGAUUACAACAAAAAUGAUGGGUUUUUUUUUUAUAGAAAUUCGUAAAAGAUUUUCUAAUUAUAUUUAAAAUUAACAAACCUUUAUGUGUUUAUUGAUCAAUUUAGAAAUAUCUUUUUGUAACCUUCUGAAGAAUUUUAGUGUGUUGAUGUUGAGCAUUAAUUUUAGCCAUUAAAAUAGAUUUACUUAUUUCCAUAAAUUUUAGUUUUUUUCUUCUAAAAUAUCAUUUAGUACAAUGUUUAUAGUGCAUACAACAAUCAUACUUCAAAAACCUGCAAUAGAAAGCCAGCAAAUAACCAGUGUUAUUACUUGUUUUUUUACAUCCAGUCAGUUUUAAUACAGAACAUUUUCCCUUGAUUUGAUAAAGUUCCAUAUUUAAAACAGCCUAGUAAAAUUAUGGUUAGCAUUAUCCUAAAAUUACGACAGAUAAUUUCACUACAUUAUGGAUCAAUAGGCAAUCAUUAGCCACACAUACAUGAUCAACCUUUUUUUAAGUGACAACUCGCAAAUAACAAAAUACAUUUUUUAAAUGUAAAAUCAGUGUUUUCAACAGUUUUUUCUAAGGUGAAGUUUGAUAACAAUAUUUCUAUUGACGAUAAAAUAUCAUUAUUCUGUUCAAACCUAUUUUCGAGAUGUAAAAUGAAACCAUCUAUUUUUUUUUUUUUUUAUAAAC